AUGGGUGCUGACACUUCCAAGAAAGGGUUCCUUAAAGACACCCAACUCGAGGGGCUUUUGGUUCCCUUGCUACAGCAUGUCCGACAAGCUUCCGCAAUCAAGCCCAAUCUGGUGGAGGAGAUCGUCGUGGGCAACGUCCUUCACAAAGACGCAGCUUUCGUCACGCGCGCAUCUGUCCUGGCAGCCGGCUACCCUACCACUACCAUAAUCUCAACUGUCAGCCGCUGGUGCUCCUCGGGUCUCUUAGCCGUCGAGGCUGUGGCGCAGAAAGUCGCGGUAGGCAGCAUCGACAUUGGCAUCGCCGUCGGCGCCGAAAGUAUGAGCUGCAACCCAGAUAACGGGGCCCCUGUCUUUCCAUGGAGGUUCAUGGAAGACCCUACCAUACAAGACGUCACGCAGCCCAUGCCCUGGACGGCUGAAAACGUUGCGCGGGACUUUGACAUCACGCGUGAGAGACAGGACGAGCAGGCUGCGGCAUCCUUCUGCAAGGCAGAGGCGACGCAGAAGGCAGUCCAUGCUACCCCUAAGCUCUUGGCAAAGGUGGGAAUCCGAAAGGAUGAUGUUGAUAUCUUUGAGAUUAAUGAAGCUUUCGCGUCCAUGCUGGUCUACUGCAUGGACACGCUUGAACUGGACCCACGCAAAGUCAACCCGCGAGGCGGGGCCAUAGCAUUCGGGCAUCUGCUGGGCUGCACAGGCGCGCGUCAGAUUGUCACAGCCUUGGCUAAGUUGAAGCGCACUGAGGGCAGGGUUGCGGCGACGUCUAUGUGUGUGGGAACAACCAUGGGAAUGGCUAGCUUGAUUGUGUCAGAGCAGUGA